UUAGUUCCUCUAAGUGCCCUUUAACCCUUUCAAUUUUUGUCUCCUAUUGUGAAAUUGUUCCUUGCUUUAAACAUGGACCAAAGUUUCAGAACAAUUUCUCCUACGGAAGACGUCAGUGAAUUGUAUAAAUUGAUUCAAAGAGAUGGAAAUGUUUUGAGGCGCUUCGAUGAAGUGGAGUUUAUCGAGACUCCUUUACAUGUAGCUGCAGAUGAAGGGUGCAUCGGGUUCGCAAUGGAGAUGAUGAAGCUGAAGCCGUCAUUUGCUAGGAAGCUAAACCAACAAGGUUUGAGCCCCAUUCACCUUGCAUUGGAAAAGGGGCAUAAAGAGAUGGUGCUUCGUUUCCUACAAAUGGAUAAAGAUCUUGUUCGUGUCACAGGGAAGAAUGGUGAGACUCCAUUGCACUACAUUUGUAAAGUUGGAAACCAUGAUAUUCUGCUGAAAACAUUUUUGAAGGCUUGUCCUGAUUGUAUCCGAGAUGUUACAACUGAGAAUCGCAGUGCUUUGCAUAUUGCAGCGGAAAACAAAAGGUUGGAUGUUCUUCAGAUUUUAAUUCGAAUGCUUAAGAAGAGGGACUGUUAUCGGGAAGAGGUAAAUAGAAAGGACGAAGAUGGCAACACUGCAUUACACAUAGCUGCUAGAAAUAAUCAAACCCAGAUGCUUAAACUACUAUUAAGUAGCAAGGCUGACAAGUAUGCCACCAAUCAAUCCGAUUUAACCGCACUGGGUGUUGCAGAACAACAUAAUAACAAAGAAAGCAUCAGAAUUCUGCGUGGUCGCUUUAUUCCAGGAGUUUCAAACAUUAAAUCUAAGUGGGAGAAACAAAUCGCCAAGUAUGUGGAAAAAGUAUCAUCAAUGAUUUUUGACGAUUUGGAUAAUAUAUCAAGCGAUGACCGCAAUGCCUUACUAGUAGUUUUAGGGCUACUUCUAACAGGAACCUACCAAGCCACUCUUAGCCCACCUGGUGGUGUUUGGCAGGGUGACAACAGCUCAUGUGGUAAGAAAUCAAGAAAACCAGGGACAUCAGUACUUGAUCAACCUUUUUUUCUUCUUUUCUAUAUUCCAACCUAUGUUGUGUUCAUGGUAACCUUUUUCCUAACACUAGCCCUGCUUAAACCUUUUCCACAUGGUUUCAAGAAAACAAUUCAAGUACUACUAGCUUUCUUCGCAAUAUGCUUUGACCAAUCAGUUUCUUUCUUAACCCCAACUGAAUUUGCAUUUAAAGUUAUGCAAGUAUUUACGCUAUUGUUUUUUGUUUUAACAUUGGUCAUGUUUUAUGGUGAUCGGGUGUCAAAACAAAGUGUCGCAAUUUUGGCAUGUUUCUUAUCUCCUUCACGUUUUGAGUAUGGUGAAGUAAUUCCUACCAUGGUUCACCCAGUAGUUUUAAGAUUAGCAAUCGGAUGCUGGUUAUUUCUUUUCGUAAAGUAUGAUUUCUGGGAAGGAACCAUUAUAGUUAUAGGAUAUUGUUCAUACUAUAUUAUGGAAGACGUCUUUGCUGGAGCAUUUAAAUUUGGGAUACCGGAAAUGGCAUUCUAUCUUAUCCCCUUGGGAUGUUGGUUUUUUCUUUAUCUAUGUAGAUUUUGCUUCAAACAGUGUUAACUUUGUAACACUUAUAAUCUUUGCAGACUUUGGAUUCCAAUCUAUUUGUA